AUGUUAUAUUAUUUUUUUAGAUAUAAAAAAUUAUGCCUGCACAAAUAACAAGGCUUUUUCAAAGGCAUUGUACUUUGUUUCUGCGCCACGUGGCCAGUAGUAAAGGUACAAUGUCCUAUUCAACAACCAUGGAGAAAAACCUUGAUGAUGAAUUAAAAUUAGAAUAUUUGGAAGGAGAUCGGCAAGGUAUUGUUGUCAUGUCAAUAAAUCGACCUGAAGCAAAAAAUUCACUGAGUAUUAAUUUAAUGAGGCUUUUUGAAAACGCAAUGGAUGUUAUAUCUAGUGACAGUUCUUUAAGGGCAGUUAUUCUCCGAAGUAUUGUACCUGGUGUAUUUUGUGCCGGUGCGGACUUAAAAGAACGGAGAAAAAUGACAGAAGCAGAUGUUCCAAUGUUUGUUUCCAAAGCACGUAUGCUGUUUCAUAGGCUUAGUGAAGUUCCUGUUCCUACUAUUGCAGCUAUCGAAGGAGCUGCUUUAGGUGGAGGGUUGGAGAUGACACUAGCUUGUGAUUUUAGAAUAGCUUCGACCUCUUCAAAACUUGGUUUGCCAGAAACAAAGUUGGCUAUAAUUCCUGGCGCAGGUGGUACAGUUCGCCUUCCAAGAAUCGUGGGUCCAUCUAAAGCCAAGGAGCUGAUAUACACUGGCAGAAUCUUAAGAAGUAUUGAUGCUGAAGCAUUAGGGUUGGUGGAUUAUUCAGUGGAACAGAAUGAAAACGGAGAUGCUGCAUAUAGGAGAAGUUUGCAAUUAGCAGAAGAAAUCUUACCUCAAGGUCCGAUUGCGCUUAAGAUGGCUAAAAAAUGUAUAAACAAAGGAAUUGAGACCGACAUUUAUUCAGCCUUGUCAGUUGAAGAAUUAUGCUAUGCACAGGUUAUUCCAACGAAUGAUAGAAGGGAAGGUUUACAAGCAUUCAAAGAAAAGAGAAAGCCAAUAUACAAAGGAGAGUGAAUAUAUGAAAACCAACAGUUAGCAAAAGAUGUAAUUUAUAUUCACCUAGAAUGUGUUUUUUUAGGGUGUCAAUUAAUGUAUUUUCUAUUUUUGCACACAUUCAUUUAUAAAUUGUAAUAAAUGUUUUCUAAGAAAAUCUACCAGUUGUUCUGAA